CCGUCGCUUGCUUGGAAGCUAAAUCAAAUGGGGCUCAGCUCCAUCCAUCUUGCUUUGCAGCAUGAGUGCAUCAAAAUGGUGAGAGGGCUAAUCACACUCAACGCUCAGCUUAUCCGAGUGAAGGCAAAAGGGAUGGUCACACCUUUACAUUAUGUAGCACAGAUUGAAGAUCCUGAUCUUUUAGCUGAAUUUUUAUCUGCUUGUCCAUCGUCUAUUGAAGACACCACGGUUCACUGCGAGACCGCCGUGCAUGUCGCUAUUCGAAACUGCUCGAUUCGAUGUUUCAGAGUUCUUGUUGGAUGGCUUCGACGAGUCGACAAAGACGACGUUUUGAACUGGAAAGAUGAAGAGGGUAACACUGCUCUGCACAUUGCUGUAUCUUCUAGUCAAACUGAGAUGGUGAAGCUGUUGGUUAAGAAUGUCAACGUGAACGUGAAGAACAUCGAUGGUUUAACAGCUAUGGAUAUAUUUCACCUUCAAGGAUCAUUGCAGAACCCUGAAAUAGGUAAGAUUCUACAUAAGGCCAAGGCAAAAAAAGCAUCUGAUCUCACCUCAAACAUGACACUGGGGGACUACUUCAGCAAGGAACUCACCCUGAUCGAUAAACGAGACAAAUACUUCGGAAUCAUCACCGGAAAUAAACACAACGACAUCCGCAGCGUACCUCUCGUGGUGGCUGUACUGAUUGCAACAGCCAGCUACCAAGCCGGACUUAGCCCUCCAAGUGGGUACUGGCAAGAUGAUUAUAUCCCACCGGCAAACAACGCCACCAACAACACCAACAGCACCACCGGCCUCGGGCAAGGGCAAAGGGCACACCGUGCAGGAGAAAUGAUAAUGAGCCCUUCUAAUCUGUUCUACUUCUUCACUCUCAACAGUCUAGCUUUUCAUCUGUCGGUGUGGACGAUUCUGGUUAUUAUAAUAGGCCUUCCAUUUUCAGGAGCUCUUUAUACGUCAACAUCUCUUCUUCUGUACGCUUAUUAUGCUUCCAUGCAGGCUACCAUCCCGACGCAGGGAAGCGUGGGUUUAACUGUUGGAAGGGCAUUGUACAUAUCGGUAACUGUGAUAUCCACAGUGGCGGCGUACUUAACUCCUUCGGUUGCGUUUUCAAAGCACCAGAAGCUUCAACGUCGGGUGGAUGCAAUGAGAGGGAGCAGGGUAGUUGCCUCUCCCGAAAACUAA